CCCCGCGGGCGCGCGUUCUCGGGAGUGGCGCCGUGACACGCAUGGUUUCCCCGGACCCGCGGCGGCGCUGACUUCCGCGAGUCGGAGCGGCACUCGGCGAGUCCGGGACUGCGCUGGAACAAUGGAUAACUUCUUCACCGAGGGAACACGGGUCUGGCUGAGAGAAAAUGGCCAGCAUUUUCCAAGUACUGUAAAUUCCUGUGCAGAAGGCAUCGUCGUCUUCCGGACAGACUAUGGUCAGGUAUUCACUUACAAGCAGAGCACAAUUACCCACCAGAAGGUGACUGCUAUGCACCCCACGAACGAGGGGGGUGUGGAUGACAUGGCGUCCUUGACAGAGCUCCAUGGCGGCUCCAUUAUGUAUAACUUAUUCCAGCGGUAUAAGAGAAAUCAAAUAUAUACCUACAUCGGCUCCAUCCUGGCCUCCGUGAACCCCUACCAGCCCAUCACCGGGCUGUAUGAGCCUGCCACCAUGGAACAGUACAGCCGGCGCCACCUGGGUGAGCUGCCCCCGCACAUCUUCGCCAUCGCCAACGAGUGCUACCGCUGCCUGUGGAAGCGCCACGACAACCAGUGCAUCCUCAUCAGUGGUGAAAGUGGGGCAGGUAAAACUGAAAGCACUAAAUUGAUCCUCAAGUUUCUGUCAGUCAUCAGUCAACAAUCUUUGGAAUUGUCCUUAAAGGAGAAGACAUCCUGUGUUGAACGAGCUAUUCUUGAAAGCAGCCCCAUCAUGGAAGCUUUCGGCAAUGCGAAGACCGUGUACAACAACAACUCUAGUCGCUUUGGGAAGUUUGUUCAGCUGAACAUCUGUCAGAAAGGAAAUAUUCAGGGCGGGAGAAUUGUAGAUUAUUUAUUAGAAAAAAACCGAGUAGUAAGGCAAAAUCCUGGGGAAAGGAAUUAUCACAUAUUUUAUGCACUGCUGGCAGGCCUGGAACAUGAAGAAAGAGAAGAAUUUUAUUUAUCUACACCAGAAAACUACCACUACUUGAAUCAGUCUGGAUGUGUAGAAGACAAGACAAUCAAUGACCAGGAAUCCUUUAGGGAAGUUACUACGGCAAUGGACGUGAUGCAGUUCAGCAAGGAGGAAGUUCGGGAAGUGUCAAGGCUGCUUGCUGGUAUACUGCAUCUUGGGAACAUAGAAUUUAUCACUGCUGGUGGGGCGCAGGUUUCCUUCAAAACAGCUCUGGGUAGAUCUGCAGAGUUACUUGGGCUGGACCCAACACAGCUCACAGAUGCUUUGACCCAGAGAUCAAUGUUCCUCAGGGGAGAAGAGAUCCUCACGCCUCUCAAUGUUCAACAGGCAGUAGACAGCAGGGACUCCCUGGCCAUGGCUCUGUAUGCGUGCUGCUUUGAGUGGGUAAUCAAGAAGAUCAACAGCAGGAUCAAGGGCAAUGAGGACUUCAAGUCUAUUGGCAUCCUCGACAUCUUUGGAUUUGAAAACUUCGAGGUUAAUCACUUUGAACAGUUCAAUAUAAACUAUGCAAAUGAGAAACUUCAGGAGUACUUCAACAAGCAUAUUUUUUCUUUAGAACAACUAGAAUAUAGCCGGGAAGGAUUAGUGUGGGAAGAUAUUGACUGGAUAGACAAUGGAGAAUGCCUGGACUUGAUUGAGAAGAAACUUGGCCUCCUAGCCCUUAUCAAUGAAGAAAGCCAUUUUCCUCAAGCCACAGACAGCACCUUAUUGGAGAAGCUACACAGUCAGCAUGCGAAUAACCACUUUUAUGUGAAGCCCAGAGUUGCAGUUAACAAUUUCGGAGUGAAGCACUAUGCUGGAGAGGUGCAAUAUGAUGUCCGAGGUAUCUUGGAGAAGAACAGAGAUACAUUUCGAGAUGACCUUCUCAAUUUGCUAAGGGAAAGCCGAUUUGACUUUAUCUACGAUCUUUUUGAACAUGUUUCAAGCCGCAACAACCAGGAUACCUUGAAAUGUGGAAGCAAACAUCGGCGGCCUACAGUCAGCUCACAGUUCAAGGACUCACUGCAUUCCUUAAUGGCAACACUAAGCUCCUCUAAUCCUUUCUUUGUUCGCUGUAUCAAGCCAAACAUGCAGAAGAUGCCAGACCAGUUUGACCAGGCGGUUGUGCUGAACCAGCUGCGGUACUCAGGGAUGCUGGAGACUGUGAGAAUCCGCAAAGCUGGGUAUGCGGUCCGAAGACCCUUUCAGGACUUUUACAAAAGGUAUAAAGUGCUGAUGAGGAAUCUGGCUCUGCCCGAGGACGUCCGAGGGAAGUGCACGAGCCUGCUGCAGCUCUAUGAUGCCUCCAACAGCGAGUGGCAGCUGGGGAAGACCAAGGUCUUUCUUCGAGAAUCCUUGGAACAGAAACUGGAGAAGCGGAGGGAAGAGGAAGUAACCCACGCAGCCAUGGUGAUUCGGGCCCAUGUCUUGGGCUUCUUGGCACGAAAACAAUACAGAAAGGUCCUUUAUUGUGUGGUGAUAAUACAGAAGAAUUACAGAGCAUUCCUUCUGAGGAGGAGAUUUUUGCACCUGAAAAAGGCAGCCAUAGUUUUCCAGAAGCAACUCAGAGGUCAGAUUGCUCGUAGAGUUUACAGACAAUUGCUGGCAGAGAAAAGGGAGCAAGAAGAAAAGAAGAAACAGGAAGAGGAAGAAAAGAAGAAACGGGAGGAAGAAGAAAGAGAAAGAGAGAGAGCGCGAAGAGAAGCCGAGCUCCGCGCACAGCAGGAAGAAGAAACGAGGAAGCAGCAAGAACUCGAAGCCUUGCAGAAGAGCCAGAAGGAAGCUGAACUGACCCGUGAACUGGAGAAACAGAAGGAAAACAAGCAGGUGGAAGAGAUCCUCCGUCUGGAGAAAGAAAUCGAAGACCUGCAGCGCAUGAAGGAGCAGCAGGAGCUGUCGCUGACUGAGGCUUCCCUGCAGAAGCUGCAGGAGCGGCGGGACCAGGAGCUCCGCAGGCUAGAGGAGGAAGCGUGCAGGGCGGCCCAGGAGUUCCUCGAGUCCCUCAAUUUCGACGAGAUCGACGAGUGUGUCCGGAAUAUCGAGCGGUCCCUGUCGGUGGGAAGUGAAUUUUCCAGCGAGCUGGCUGAGAGUGCAUGCGAGGAGAAGCCCAACUUCAACUUCAGCCAGCCCUACCCAGAGGAGGAGGUCGACGAGGGCUUCGAAGCCGACGACGACGCCUUCAAGGACUCCCCCAACCCCAGCGAGCACGGCCACUCAGACCAGCGAACGAGUGGCAUCCGGACCAGCGACGACUCUUCGGAGGAGGACCCAUACAUGAACGACACAGUGGUGCCCACCAGCCCCAGCGCGGACAGCACGGUGCUGCUCGCCCCAUCAGUGCAGGACUCUGGGAGCCUACACAACUCCUCAAGCGGCGAGUCCACCUACUGCAUGCCCCAAAACGCUGGGGACCUGCCCUCCCCAGACGGCGACUACGACUACGACCAGGAUGACUAUGAGGACGGUGCCAUCACUUCCGGCAGCAGCGUGACCUUCUCCAACUCCUACGGCAGCCAGUGGUCCCCCGACUACCGCUGCUCUGUGGGGACCUACAACAGCUCGGGUGCCUACCGGUUCAGCUCUGAGGGGGCACAGUCCUCGUUUGAAGAUAGUGAAGAGGACUUUGAUUCCAGGUUUGAUACAGACGAUGAGCUUUCGUACCGGCGUGACUCUGUAUACAGCUGUGUCACUCUGCCGUAUUUCCACAGCUUUCUGUACAUGAAAGGUGGCCUGAUGAACUCUUGGAAACGCCGCUGGUGCGUCCUCAAGGAUGAAACCUUCUUGUGGUUCCGCUCCAAGCAGGAGGCCCUCAAGCAAGGCUGGCUCCACAAAAAAGGUGGGGGCUCCUCCACGCUGUCCAGGAGAAAUUGGAAGAAGCGCUGGUUUGUCCUCCGCCAGUCCAAGCUGAUGUACUUUGAAAACGACAGCGAGGAGAAGCUCAAGGGCACCGUGGAAGUGCGAACGGCAAAAGAGAUCAUAGAUAACACCACCAAGGAGAAUGGGAUCGACAUCAUUAUGGUCGAUAGGACUUUCCACCUGAUUGCAGAGUCCCCAGAAGAUGCCAGCCAGUGGUUCAGCGUUCUGAGUCAGGUCCACGCGUCCACGGACCAGGAGAUCCAGGAGAUGCAUGAUGAGCAGGCAAACCCACAGAAUGCUGUGGGCACCUUGGAUGUGGGGCUGAUUGAUUCUGUGUGUGCCUCUGACAGCCCUGAUAGACCCAACUCGUUUGUGAUCAUCACGGCCAACCGGGUGCUGCACUGCAACGCCGACACGCCGGAGGAGAUGCACCACUGGAUAACCCUGCUGCAGAGGUCCAAAGGGGACACCAGAGUGGAGGGCCAGGAAUUCAUCGUGAGAGGAUGGUUGCACAAAGAGGUGAAGAACAGUCCAAAGAUGUCUUCACUGAAACUGAAGAAACGGUGGUUUGUCCUCACCCACAAUUCCCUGGAUUACUACAAGAGUUCAGAGAAGAACGCGCUGAAACUGGGGACCCUGGUCCUCAACAGCCUCUGCUCUGUCGUCCCCCCAGAUGAGAAGAUAUUCAAAGAGACAGGCUACUGGAACGUCACUGUGUACGGGCGCAAGCACUGUUACCGGCUCUACACCAAGCUGCUCAAUGAGGCCACCCGGUGGUCCAGUGCCAUUCAAAACGUGACUGACACCAAGGCCCCGAUCGACACCCCCACCCAGCAGCUGAUUCAAGACAUCAAGGAGAACUGCCUGAACUCGGAUGUGGUGGAACAGAUUUACAAGCGGAACCCGAUCCUUCGAUACACCCAUCACCCCUUGCACUCCCCGCUCCUGCCCCUUCCAUAUGGGGACAUAAAUCUCAACUUGCUCAAAGACAAAGGCUAUACCACCCUUCAGGAUGAGGCCAUCAAGAUAUUCAAUUCCCUGCAGCAACUGGAGUCCAUGUCUGACCCGAUUCCAAUAAUCCAGGGCAUCCUACAGACAGGGCAUGACCUGCGACCUCUACGGGACGAGCUGUACUGCCAGCUCAUCAAACAGACCAACAAAGUGCCCCACCCCGGCAGUGUGGGCAACCUGUACAGCUGGCAGAUCCUGACAUGCCUGAGCUGCACCUUCCUGCCGAGUCGAGGGAUUCUCAAGUAUCUCAAGUUCCAUCUGAAAAGGAUACGGGAACAGUUUCCAGGAACCGAGAUGGAAAAAUACGCUCUCUUCACUUACGAAUCUCUUAAGAAAACCAAAUGCCGAGAGUUUGUGCCUUCCCGAGAUGAAAUAGAAGCUCUGAUCCACAGGCAGGAAAUGACAUCCACGGUCUAUUGCCAUGGCGGAGGUUCCUGCAAGAUCACUAUCAACUCCCACACCACUGCUGGGGAGGUGGUGGAGAAGCUGAUCCGAGGCCUGGCCAUGGAGGACAGCAGGAACAUGUUUGCUUUGUUUGAAUACAACGGCCACGUCGACAAAGCCAUUGAAAGUCGAACCGUUGUAGCUGAUGUCUUAGCAAAGUUUGAAAAGCUGGCUGCCACAUCCGAGGUUGGGGACCUGCCGUGGAAAUUCUACUUCAAACUUUACUGCUUCCUGGACACAGACAACGUGCCAAAAGACAGUGUGGAAUUUGCAUUUAUGUUUGAACAGGCCCAUGAAGCGGUUAUCCAUGGCCACCAUCCGGCCCCGGAAGAAAACCUCCAGGUUCUUGCCGCCCUGCGACUCCAGUAUCUGCAGGGGGAUUAUACUCUGCACGCUGCCAUCCCACCUCUCGAAGAGGUUUAUUCCCUGCAGAGACUCAAGGCCCGCAUCAGCCAGUCAACCAAAACCUUCACCCCUUGUGAACGGCUGGAGAAGAGGCGGACGAGCUUCCUAGAGGGGACCCUGAGGCGGAGCUUCCGGACAGGAUCCGUGGUCCGGCAGAAGGUCGAGGAGGAGCAGAUGCUGGACAUGUGGAUUAAGGAAGAAGUCUCCUCUGCUCGAGCCAGUAUCAUUGACAAGUGGAAGAAAUUUCAGGGAAUGAACCAGGAACAGGCCAUGGCCAAGUACAUGGCCUUGAUCAAGGAGUGGCCUGGCUAUGGCUCAACGCUGUUUGAUGUGGAGUGCAAGGAAGGUGGCUUCCCUCAGGAACUCUGGUUGGGUGUCAGCGCGGACGCCGUCUCCGUCUACAAGCGUGGAGAGGGAAGGCCGCUGGAAGUCUUCCAGUAUGAACACAUCCUCUCCUUUGGGGCACCCCUGGCGAAUACGUACAAGAUCGUGGUCGAUGAGAGGGAGCUGCUCUUUGAAACCAGUGAGGUAGUGGAUGUGGCCAAGCUCAUGAAAGCCUACAUCAGCAUGAUCGUGAAGAAGCGCUACAGCACGACGCGCUCCGCCAGCAGCCAGGGCAGCUCCAGGUGAAGGCGGGACAGAGCCCACCUGGCUUUGCUACCUGAACGCACCACCCUCUGGCCUCGGCUGGCUCCAGUGUGCCAUGCCCAGCCGAAACACAGAGCUGCCCAGGCUUUCUGGAAGCUCCUGGUCUGAGGGAGGUGUCUCCGAGGAUCCUUUCGCCUGCCGACUUCAAUGAUCCUGUAUUGCUGUCAACUUUAAUAGUCUGCACAGUUUCCAAAGCUUUACUACUCUUAGAGGACACAUGCCUUAAAAAAGGAGGGGAGGAACCACGCUGCCACCAAAGCAGCCGGAAGUGCCUUAACUUGUGGAACCAACACUAAUCGACCCCAACUGUGCUACUGAAGGGAACUGCCUUCCCCCCUUCUGGGGGAGACUUACAGAGCGUGGAAGGGGGGGCAUUCUCUGUCAGUGAUGCACUAACCUCCCAACCUGAUUUCCCCGAAUCUGAGGGAAGGUGAGGGAGUGGGGAGGGGGAUAGAGAGCUGGAGGGGACAGUGUGUUUGAGCUGGAGUGCUGCGGGCAGCCUUUCUCAUGCAAUGACAUGAAUCAACUUUUUUGUUUCAUCUUUUAAGUGUACGUGCUUGCCUGUUCAUGCAUGUGUUCAUAAACUCAACACUUUAAUCAUGGUUUCAUGAGCAUUAAAAAGCAAAGGGAAAAAGGAUGUGCAAUGGUGUACACAGUCUGUAUAUUUUAAUAGUGCAGAGCUAUAGUCUCAAUUGUUACUUUAUAAGGUGGUUUUAUUAACAAACCCGAAUCCUGGAUUUUCCUGUCCUUCCUGUAUUUUGAAAAACUUGUGCUGACUCCAUUUUGUCUUACAUGUAGCAAAGUCUGCAAUCUGUAUCUGCUGUAUUAUAAACAGAUAAGCAGCCUACAAGAUAACUGUAUUUAUAAACCACUCUCCAACAGCUGGCUCCAGUGCUGGUUUUAGAACAAGAAUGAAGUCAUUCUGGAGUCUUUCAUGUCUAAAAGAUUUAAGUUAAAAAGUGUUACUUGGAAGGUUAGCUUGUAUCAUUCUGGAUAGAUGACAGGCAUAACCAUGUUGACUAUGGGGAACAGACGCUGCAUUCCAGACGCGUCUUAACAAACACUUGAGUGAAUCUUUAAAGGACCCUGACAUUAAAUGCUGAGGCUUUAGUAAAAUGCACACAUAUUUUAUCCCGAGUUUAUAAUGGUGGUCUGAACAAGGCACCUGUAAAUAAAUCAGCAUUUAUGACCAGAAGAAAAAUAAUCUGGUCUUGGACUUUUUAUUUUUAUAUGGAAAAGUUUUAAGGACUUGGGCCAACUAAGUCUACCCACACACAAAAAGAAAUUUGCCUUGUCCCUUGGUGUACAACCAUGCAAAACAGUUUGUUGGCUCACAGAAGUUCUGACAAUAAAAGAUACUAGCUAACACGCCGUGUGUUUCCUUUAUCAGAGGAGGCUCUAAAAACCAUGGAGGGGAGGCUUGAUUUUUGUUUUGGCUUUUUGGUGGGUUUUCUUUCUUUAGAGACAGAGUCUCACUCUUACCCAGGCUGGAGUACAGUGGCGUGCUCUCGGCUCACUGCAGCCUCUGCCUCCUGGGUUCUAGCAAUUCUCCUGCCUCAGCCUCCCAAGGAAUUGGGAGUACAGGCAGGCACCACCACGCCUGGCUAGGUUUUGUAUUUUUAGUAGAGAUGGGGUUUCACCAUGUUGGCCAGGCUGGUCUCGAUCCACCUGCCUCAGCCUCCCUAAGUGCUGGGAUUACAGGUGUGAGCUACCGCACCCGGCCGGCUUUUUGGUGUUAAUGCUAUGGUUUCAGUGUCUGGGCUUUGUGUUUGUUUCAUGGACUUGCUCAUCAGGUCUAAACACAGAUCUGCAGCUGUCUCCACUGCUCUCGUAGACACUGAGUGUGACUUCAAGAAAGCCAAGAAGGCAAAAGAAGGGACUGGUAAAUAAAGUCACACACAGCUGAGGACUUGAAAUGUGUUUAUGUCAGACAGUCUCCUAUGUCAGCCCCAAAGUGUGCCUGAUCUUGCAACCCCGGAUCCUAGAACCUGCCUGCACCUCCCUGUGGAGUAGAACACACAGGUAGGCAGUUUGGUUGCAAAUGUACCCAAACCACCAAGCCAGGCGUCUAGCAUGAGCAAGCGCCACUUCUCUUGCAGACCACUGACGCCCGCCUCUGCUCGUGCUCACGAAUGGCUUCCCAUUCGGCAGGGAUUGGGAUGGAACCUGAAGCCUGUGGCCCCGCCAGGGACCCAGGGAAAGCCGGCAAAGACUUGGAUGUGUGUUGUCUUUAUUUUAGGCCCAGAGAGAAUUUGACAGAAAUCUUCUUUCUACUGCUGACCUCUCAGGAUUCCCUCUGUGACUUAAUUUACUCUGGAAGGUUGUCCCCCACCCUCAAUUAUAGAUGGGGAAAUAGGCAAGGAAAGGCAUGACUCAGAUAAGGGGUUAGAGCAGCACCAUAGUUAGAACAUAGAUUUACAUGUGAGCCUUUAUGUGGCAUACUUGUGGUUUUGUUUUAGCCUUUUAUUUAGAAAUAAUUACAGACUCAGAGAAAGUUGCAACAGAACGUACAGGGAGGCCUGCGUGCCCUUUACUCAGUUUCCCCAGUGGUAACAUCCCCCAUCACUGUAGAGCAGCAUUACAGCUGACAAAGUACCUUCGAGCUUCCCCUAGCCACAGAACCUAUUCCAAUUUUACCGCUUUUACAUGCACUCAUUGGUAGUUUGAACAAGGUCAGUGAAGUGCAGUCGUCCCUUGGUAUCCAAGGGAGAUGGGUUCCAGGACCCCCCCCGCCAAGGAUACAAAAUUCACAGAUGCUCAAGUCCCUGCUAUACAGUGGUGUAGUAUUUGCAUAGAACCUGCACACAUCUUUCCUUACCCUUUAAAUCAUCUCCAAGUUACUGAUACCUAGCACAAUGUAAAUGCUGCAUAAAUAGUUGUUACACUGUGUGUGUGUUUUAAACAUCGUUUUGUUUAUUUGAGACAGGGUCUCGCUCUGUCACCAGGCUAGAGUGCAGAGGCACAGUCACAGCUCAUUGCAGCCUCAACUUCCUGGGCUCAAGCAAUCCUCCCACCUCAGCCUCCCAAAGUGCUAGAAUGACAGGUGUGAGCCACUGUGCCCCACCAAAAAAAAAAGUUUUUUCAUUUUCUAUCUGUGGUUGGAUUCAGACCACAUGAACACUGAGGGCUGACUGUAGUUUUGAAUGUCUCUGUUACUGAGGAAGGCAUCAGCAUAAAGUAUUUUAUCACUUCAGAUGCUGACAAUCUAGUAUUUUUAAUUUUUAAUUCUUUUGAAAGCUAAUACUAUAGGUGAUUUGUAAAAAAAAAAAAAAAAUACUAGAAGUAAA